AUAAGAGGAGAAAUAUGAGAGGAGAGGGGAGAGAUAGAAUUAGAAAAUAAAUAAAAUAAAAUAUUGUUGCUGGCCACACGGUGUGACCACAUAUAAAAGUCAGUGACAAAAUAAGUAUUAUCCUUUUUAUUCGGGCUUUCUUUAUUUGACCUUUGCUGCUGACAACUGACUACUACCCCUUUCAUUCACAAAAAUAGGGUAAAAUACAACCAAUUCUUUCAAUCUUCCCAAAAAAAAUAAAAGUUAUCUUUCCCAAAAAAAAAAAAAAAAAAAAAAAACAAAUAAAUUUUUACUUGAAAUAUUAUGUUUUUGAUUGUUUUCCUCUUCUAUUAGCAUGGCUGAAUAGUGAAGAGAUGAAGACAAAUACAAUAAACCCAUCAUUAUCAUAUGAUAAAAUUCAUAAUGCAAGAAAUCGUAGGAGUUUCAUUGGUGUACCCCCAUUUUUGUUAUGGUUUCUUGUUUUUACCUCUUUUUUAAGCCUUUUUCUUCUUUACUCUCCUAAAUCUUUUCAUUUCACCUCUCAACAACAUAAAGUACAUGAACGACGUCAACAAGAACAUCACUUUCUUCCUGCGCGGAUUAAAUAUCAAUCUGGUGAUGAUAAUUGUGACUUGUUCAAGGGCAAAUGGGUACCAGAUUUAAAUGGAUCCAAAUACACAACAACUAGUUGUGUAACAAUUCCGGACUCGAAAAAUUGCUUCAAAAAUGGAAGAAUUGACAUAGAAUUUGUGAAUUGGAGAUGGAAACCAGACAAUUGUGAGCUUCCAAGAUUUGAUCCUCGUAAAUUUCUGAAAAUUGUUGGAGGAAAAAAAUUAGCUUUUGUUGGGGAUUCUGUUGCUCGGAAUCAAAUGGAGUCUCUCCUAUGCCUUCUAUCGCAGGUUAAUUUUGUCUUAAAUUAUCUGGAAUUAAUAGUCAUAUUGAUGCUUGAUAAUAGUAUAGUUUAAAUUAGUAAUGAGACAAUUUUAUACAUAAGUGAGAGUAUCCAUUUUGGUGAUCCCAAUGGAAUGAAAAAGGUGCAAAAUUGUGGAAGAGAAAUGCAGACAAUUGAAGAAUAUAUAUGUAGUGUGAUUGUGGAGUUAUGAUUUAAUGCAGAUUCCAUGUUAUGUUUGCAAGCAAAUACUUGUAUGACAUCUUUUGUGGUAGUGAAGUUGUUAUUUUGUUCUACCUUUGUAUAUGUUGAGUGCUUAUUAUUAUUGAGUGGUUAAGCUAUAAAUAAUAAUAAAAUAGACUAGCAAAAGACAUACGAGUAUAUGACGUUUAAGUUAAGUUGUGAUUGUUGCGUGAGGGUAUCUCUAGUUGAUUAAGAGUCGAGAUAUAAAAUGGAAAAGUGAUUAGAGAAAAAAUAAAAAAAGAAAUAGUUCUUUUAAAAUCAUCUUUAAUUUCUAUUUCUCCAAUCAUAUAAUUGGAUUAGGGAAAAGUAUUGUCUAGAACGGAGUCACGUGAGUCAAAUCAUAUAAAUUGAAAAACAAUAAAAUUAUUAAUUGUCAGAAAUAGAUAAUAAUGGUCAGAUAUUAAGUUACAAAUAAAAAAUAAAAUUAUUAAUUGUCAGAAAUAGAUAAUAAUGGUCAGAUAUUAAGUUACAAAUA